CCAACGGCCGUCCGGCGCGGGAGCGGGCUGUCAUGGCGGCCUCUCGAGUCAAUUAUAGGAAUCCUGAGGUCGAGCUGCAAACCCAUCAGAGGGAACCAUGUGAUCAUUGUAGCCACCAGCUGACCCUACAGCCUCCCUUGGACCCACCCAAGAAUUUCUGAGCCUUCCUUCUGAGGGAAUUGAUCUGUGUGUAGCUGUAUAUUCAGUGCAUCCAUGGAAGGAGGGAAAUUCAGGAGUUUCUUCUGUGUCCAUCUUGAGAUGAGAAAACAGACCUGGUUCAAGUAACUUGCCCAUGUGGAACGUAGAGGUCUCCUAACUCCUAGUUCACGGCUGUUUCCAUGACUCAGAGGAUGAACAAUCAAUACAUACGUCGAGAAGUCUUCUGCUGUGAAACUUGUCAUGAGCUCAAAAGCUUCUGGGAGAAAGAAAUUAGCAAACAGACUGGUUACCGGGAACUGGAGGAAGAUCGUCAGGGAAGAAGUGCCCUGAGAAAGCUCAGAGAAGAAUGGAAGCAGAGACUGGAGAAAAGGCUGGGGAUGUUGGACAAUCCUGAUGGGAAGGAAAAGCAGGCAAACACUGUGGGCUGAGAGCUUCCUGCCUCAUCCACUUCAAAGAUCCUGCCUCAUCCACUUCAAAAGCCACCAAGAGCACUUUUCUAAGAGAAAAAACUAGCACCCAAAUUAUGUAGACUUACUAAGCAGGACACUCUCUAUUUGCUCUCGCAUUUGUGAGGGGAUUUACAUGUGAAACCUCCCCCAGUGCUAAUGAGAGUCUUUAUCCAACUCAAUCCUCCCUGCCACAGAGGACAGGAUGACCUCCAAAGGGAUAAGAAGCUCGGGUUAUCUAAUAUAAAAAUCUCUUUGAGUUAACAUGUAAUGUAAUUUAUUUCCACAUUUUCUUCUCAUGUAAAAAAUCUUGUUAUUUUAUCCAAGCUUACCAGGGGCAAUGACCUUGUUGGGAAACUGGCUUACCUAGGUCUUCUGGAAAAACAUAGUCAUACAAUCUGUUUUCCUGUUCUCCCUUUUUUGUGAAGGCAGAAAUGCUACUGCUUACAGAAAGAAAGCUGUUAUUAUGAAAAGAAUAAUUUUUUAGCAUUAUGGUUUGAAAAUGAACUGAACUAAAUUAUUUUCUCUUCAUAUAAAUUGGGUUUUUUUAAAAUAAACAUUUAAUUAGAAACAUGCAGUGAAAGCAAAAUAAUGCUUAAUAAACUUGGUUGUCGUGCCCUCCCUGGUGUGUGCCCUGUGUUAACCCCUCACGCCUGUCGUGGUUAGUUCUCUGCUGCUAUAGCAAGUGUC